UGUAAUCUCAAUAGAAUCUUGUUACUUGGUGUCGGCUUAUGGCCUUACCAACAAUCUAAAUUUAGUCGAUUUCAGCUCAUUGUCUCUUAUGUUAUUCUGUCGACGGGUAUUAUAUUUCAGUUAACACCAUUAAUAACAUUAAAAUGUACUUCAAAUCUUGUUACCAAAGUUCUGUCUUCCGUGUUUCUCGUUUUAAUGUUCAUAAUACAGUAUAACACUUUCUGUCUUAAUAUCGAAGUUGUCAAAAAUUUACUAACGGAGCUUCAACGUAUACAUAACAAAUUAAAGGACAAAAAUGAAAUUGCCAUUGUAGAAAAGUAUAGUUGUAUCGCAAAACGGUACACGAUUGUACUUACGGCAUUUGGAAUAUGCGCAAUAUCUUGUGUAGUUCUAUUGCAAAUUUGGCUUAAUAUAGCUAACGUCAAUUUACGUAUGAAUGCGUCUGAACCGUGUUAUAUAUUUAUUACGGAAUAUUUUAUUGAUCAGAAAAAGUAUUUUUAUUUGAUUUUGUUGCACACCAAUGCAGUAAUAUGCGUCGGGGCACUUGUAAUGGUGGCGAUAGGUACAAUGCUCAUCACAUACAUUGAGCAUACCUGUGGAAUGUUUAGAAUUGCUAGCUAUCGUAUAGAACAUGCAAUAACUAUCAAUAUUCUACAAAAUAUUUCGUUAAAAAAUGAAAUUUCGAUGACUGAGGGUAUAAUUUGUGCCGUGGACAUUCAUCGUCAAGCUAUGAAAUUAUCCAAACAUUUACUGUCUACAUUCGAAAUCAUGAUAUGUUGUUUUACGGGAUGUGUGGUAGCUUGCUUUAGCCUCAGUCUGUUUCAACUAUUCCAGAUAGCAUCAUCUACAAAUAAUGUUGGAGAUUUUUUAGUGUCAUUUGUGUAUGCUUCUGUAAGCAUUAUAUACAUGUUUAUAGCUAACUAUAUCGGACAAAGUACAAUUGACCACAAUAAUAACGUGUUCAUUACUGCGUACAAUGUUCAAUGGUAUAAAACCCCUUUACAUGUACAAAGAAUGAUACUGUUUCUGUUGCAAAGAAGAACUAAAGAAUUUUCUUUAAAUAUUGGUGGAGUAUUUGAUGCAUCGAUGGAAGGUUUUGCCACGCUAGUGAAGGCCUCGGUAUCUUAUUUUACUCUCAUACAUUCUGCACACUGAUGAAAUUAAUUGUACUCAUGAUGGAGAUAUAGUUAAUGAAGAG